AUGCUUGCCCUCGGAGUCGCCUUCCUCCUGCCCUUGCUAGUCCACUCGGUGGCUGUUACGCCCCUUGAGGAGCGCGACGAUUGCAACCGGUGGUACACGAUCCAGGAAAAUGAUAUUUGCGAUUCCAUCUCAGCAGCACACAACGUCUCUACCUACCAGCUUGCAACGGUUAAUUCCAACGACAUUGACAAAGACUGUGGCAACCUUGUGCCCGGCAACCGUCUUUGCCUUGGCUACGGAAACGAAGACUGCACUUCCACCUAUGUUGUCCGGCCCAACGACACGUGCGAACAAAUCACCGCCCAAUUCAGUAUCGGAAGCGACGUGCUCUAUGCGAACAACCCGUUGAUUGACGCAAAGUGCGAGAACAUUUACAUCGGACAGGUCCUUUGCGUGUCCAAGACUGUCCAGGUCCCCGCCGGGCCUGCCGCCUCUGAGUCAAAGCCCGCCACUGAAUCAAAGCUUAAACCGCUCAACAACCCGAGCCCGGAACCGGAGACCAAUGCUGACGACGACGAGGACCUCCCUUACUGCGAUGAACUCUAG